GGAAGAGAGUAGGGUGCCGUACGCGGAUGCAUACGCAUGCGUUAAAGCAUCGGGUCGCCAAUUGGAGGCCGUGAGUCACGGGGCGGCGUGCGGCGGCUGGCGGGGGCGUGGCCGACGGGGCGGGCGCCGCGCUACGACGCCGCUGGUUGGCCAGUGCGAAUCACGUGGUUCUGGGCCGCAUUGAGGCGCGCGCCGGUGCGACGUCAACGCAGACCACUAAGCUCUCCUGACCUGUGUACCGCCGCCCGGCUGCAGCUGAGUCCUCCGAGGGCCCGGGUCGGGCGGUUUGAUGAGUACCUUUGCGGCCGCCAUGGACAACUCCGGGAAGGAAGCGGAGGCGAUGGCGCUGCUGGCCGAGGCGGAGCGCAAAGUGAAGAACUCACAGUCCUUCUUCUCGGGCCUCUUUGGAGGCUCAUCCAAAAUAGAGGAAGCAUGUGAAAUCUACGCCAGAGCAGCAAACAUGUUCAAGAUGGCCAAAAACUGGAGUGCUGCCGGAAACGCCUUCUGCCAGGCAGCCCAGCUGCACCUGCAGCUCCAGAGCAAGCACGACGCGGCCACCUGCUUUGUGGACGCCGGCAACGCGUUCAAGAAAGCCGACCCCCAAGAGGCCAUUAACUGCUUGAUGAGAGCAAUUGAGAUAUACACAGACAUGGGCCGGUUCACCAUCGCAGCCAAGCACCACAUCUCCAUCGCUGAGAUCUACGAGACGGAGCUGGUGGACAUCGAGAAGGCCAUCGCCCACUACGAGCAGUCUGCAGACUACUACAAAGGCGAGGAGUCCAACAGCUCUGCCAACAAGUGUCUGCUGAAGGUGGCUGGUUACGCGGCACAGCUGGAGCAGUAUCAGAAGGCCAUUGACAUCUACGAACAGGUGGGGACCAAUGCCAUGGACAGCCCGCUGCUCAAGUACAGCGCCAAGGACUAUUUCUUCAAGGCGGCUCUCUGCCACUUCUGCAUCGACAUGCUCAACGCCAAGCUCGCUGUCCAGAAGUAUGAGGAGCUAUUCCCUGCGUUCUCCGACUCUCGGGAGUGCAAGCUGAUGAAAAAAUUGCUAGACGCCCACGAGGAACAGAACGUGGACAGCUACACCGAGGCGGUGAAGGAGUACGACGCCAUCUCCCGGCUGGACCAGUGGCUCACCACCAUGCUGCUGCGAAUCAAGAAGACGAUCCAGGGCGACGAGGAGGACCUGCGCUAGGCCCGCCUGGCCCCCGGCCCCCUUCUCCCUGCCCCGUCCGCUC